AUGAAUGUUCCACAAGUUGAAGUUAGUAUUGACAGAAGGAGACUCCCCCCAUCGGUAGGAUACACAUCAAACAAUGUCCGCAUCAUGAUCAACACUUGCUUUCACGAGGUUCUUGAAAACCUUACCACCCGUCAGCGAACGCUAACCGGCCGGUUCGUUUUGCUCUCCCCACCAGUUCUUAUCGAUUUCAAUCUCUCUAGUUUAAGCAACAGUUACAUCCAAGAGCUUCUCCGAGAUAAUCUUGCUCGUGGCCACCAUUGGUUAUGCGAAGAUUUGGCCGCGGAUAUCUCAUCGGAAGCGGAGGAGUUAGGUUUUGGACGUAAUGGAUUUAGCUUGACCUUCUCCAUCGAAAUCACUUACGAGAGGGUUGUGGCCAUGUCUGAUCCUCCUCCAGACGAUGGAUUGUUUUUGAGAACUGUGCUAUCGAAGUUGGUUGUGCUAGGGAAGAUAGAUAGAGAGGAGCAUGAGAGUUUGACGAAUAUGGAAACAGAGUCGUCGUGUUCGAUUUGUCUCGACAAUCUCUAUGGUUCUUCUUCGAUACAUGGUUCCGCCACACUGAUGAACUGUUCUCAUGUCUUCCAUGAACGUUGUCUCUCGGAUUGGCUUCAACGGAAAAACACAUGCCCCAUGUGUCGGACUGUGUUGUACAAUUGCUGA